CCCCAGCGCUCCGGUCCGUUUCCACCGUAGCAGAGCCGGAGGAGAAACCCUAACCUCUCUCUCUCUCUCUCUCUCUCUCUGCGCGCUCCGGUCCUUGUCCACCGCUACGCGAGACCCUCUCUCUCUCUCUCUCUCUCUCUCUAAUGGCAACUACUCCCCUGAUCGCGGGGAUUGCAAUAGCAGCUGCUGCAUACGCGGGUAGAUAUGGCAUCCAAGCAUGGCAAGCCUUCAAGGCAAGACCACCUACGGCGACAAUGCGCCGAUUUUACGACGGCGGCUUCCAACCCACCAUGACAAGAAGGGAAGCAGCUCUGAUACUCGGUGUCAGAGAAAGAACUCCGACAGAUAAGAUCAGGGAAGCGCAUAGGAGAGUUAUGGUUGCAAAUCAUCCAGAUGCCGGCGGUAGCCAUUAUUUAGCUUCUAAAAUCAAUGAAGCUAAAGAUGUGAUGCUUGGAAAAACUAAAAGCGGGUCUGCAUUUUGACGACCUUUUCUGCGAGGCUGCAUUCUUGGGUUCUUGUUUUCUGCAAGGCCGCCUUUUUGGAUUCCUGAUGGAUCGAUACUGGUUUAACUCAAUUUGUCGACAUUGAGUAAGUGGCGACGGAAAUUCUCUUCUUCUUUUUCUCAGUAAUCAACCCACAGGAACUGGGUCUUUCUUCUGCGGCAUGAAGAUUAUAGAUUGGCCUAUAAUUCGUUGGAGAGCCAUUUGUUUCUCUUCGGAUUUUUUGUAGUUUACAUUGUUCCGAUUAUAGUUUACCAGUCGCCAGUGUGUACCACAUAUAAAAAGGUCUUGUAUUUUUGGUUUCUUACUCCCCCUAAGGAUAAUCACGCAUUUUCACAUGGUGAUGUGAGAAAAAUGUGCAAUCUCAUACAUCUAGGGCUUUCUCUCUA